CCACAGAAAAAACAGACAAAUCAUCACCUCCGCGCCCUCUCACUAGCACCACACCUGCACCACGAGCGGCUGCGACGCACACGCACCAUCCUCCCACCCUUACUCUCAUCCCCCUCACGCCCCACGCUAGGCGACUUGGUCCGGCGGUCCAUCUUCCUCACGCACACGGUGGCCCUGUCGCGCCGGCUGGCCCGGCACUUUGCGUCGAUCCGCCUCGCGCGCCACCUCGCCUCGCGGCCCUCCCCGCAGGCCCUUGUCGAGCGGUGUGUUCUUCCUGCCGAGUGCCUCCCCUCCAAGGCCAUGGUCGCCCCCGGCUUGGUGGCCAAACGCCGCGCCGUCGAGCGCGAGCGCAUCAAGGAUUGUCUGAGGGGUUGGGUUGGUUCAGUCAUGAAGGGGGAGGUAAGGAGCAGGGCUGAGGGCGCGGAAAGGGCUGGGGUUGGGAGGGUGUCUAGGUUGAGGAGGUUUUGGGAACGGGUUGGGAAGGGGGAGGUCUGA